GGAGAGUGUCAACACAAGAGUGGCGGCCCUUACCUCUGUUGUUUCCUGCUGCCGAGUCUUCUUCUCCUGCUGCUACUGCUGCUCUGGCCACAACCACACCUCCCUCAUUUUGAAAACAACAUACUGGAGUGAAUGAUAUGGAAGGAAAUGCAGAAUAGAGCCAGUAGCAGUAGCCAUAGAGGAGUAGCAGUACCAUAGGCAUAAUCAGAGAACAUUAUGAACAUCAGAAGUCCAUAGUUUAAUAUCCUCCCAGCAAAUAUAAGAAAUAUUGCCAAAACAAAAGUGGAAGUCUUCAAGAAAAACUGAACAGUUUUCUGCAAGAAGUAUCCUGUUACUGUGGCCUUGUAGCAGUCCACGUGCAGUCCCCGUGGCGCAAUGAAAAGAUGAGUGGAAAACCAAAGUUCGUCCUGACAGAAAAUGGCGUUCUAGCUCUUUAUAAUCAAGAAAAUAAGUCUGCCAUUAACAUGCAGGUUAUUUUUCUUGCAACUUCUGAUGUGUCAUGCUACUUACGGCUCUCAGAUGGAAAGCAUGUUUCACCUGUGACCAUCAUUUUGAAAGAAAAAUUAAAUCCCUCUUUCCAUGUUGGUGCUGUUCUUGCUAUUCAUGAGGUGUAUUUUGUGCUAGUGGAAAACCAAUCAGAAGACCAGCAUUCAUAUGGGGACAAAGGACUCCAUACCCUCUAUAUCAAACGUUACACAUUACUGGAAGCUCACACCACUGUUAAUCAACUUUUAGGAUCUUUAAAUUUUAAUGUCUCCUAUGUUGAUGCUAUCAAUCACAUCCAUCACAUAUUGAGAAGCAUUGAUCCAAGAAUUGGGCCACACAUAAGAGGGUGUAAGCAGCUACAAGAAGAAGCUGAAAAACUGCGACACUAUGGUAACAAUUCCUUCAAACAACAGGAAUAUAGUGAAGCAAUUGCAUUUUAUGAUACUGCCAAGAAGAAGGACCCUUUUGACUGUAGGGUUUGGUCCAAUUGCAGCCAGGCUCACUUUAAAGCAGACGAGUAUUUAGAAGCUGAACAUGAUGCCGUAAUUGCCAUUAAAAUGAAUCCUUUUAUUGAGAAGUCAUAUUAUCGAGCUGCACAGGCUGCACUUAAGCAGCCCAACAAUAAUGUAGCAUUACAAUAUGCAAGGAAUGGCAUAUUUAUCUGUGGGCAAAGCAAAGAUCUUCAGCAAAUUAUCGAUGGAAUACGGAAUUUUAACUCCGAAUGCCACCAAGGUAGAAUGGAUGCUCUUCAUGAAUCCAUUCUCUAUUCUGUUACCAGGCAAGCUACUAAACAUAACCUACAAAUCAUGGAAAACAUGGAAAAGGCUGGAAAAUUAACAAGAAACUCGAUAUCGUCACAGACAGAGUUUAAGCUGAUUGAAGACAGUUUGGAAAAUUUUAAAGAAAAUGGACUAGCCACUGUAAGAGAGCUAAGAAGAGAAUCCAAGGUAAAAAAGGAAAAAAAUAAAAAUAAAAUUAUUAAGCUCAUCAAAGAGGAAUCUUCAAAAACUCACGAAGAAAAAAAGAAUAAAGAAGUAAAGCAAAAGCAAAAGGAAGAAGAACAGAAAAAACAGGAUCAUAAAAAAGAGGAAGAAGAAAUAAAAUUGAAGCCAAUAAAUGCUUUUCAUGAUACUUUACGAGAUGGACGAAGAUUAUUUGAAGCAGGGCAGCUACGUCAAGCCAUUGAAACGUUCAAUAGAAGUUUAGCGUACUGUUGCCCGGAUGGUGAUAAUAAUACUAUUAAAUGGGGAAAUAAGGAACGUUUGGAGGUACAGACAGUCCAGUUUGUAUUAGGCAUGUGUAGAAUUCAGUCUGGACGAGUCUACAUCCUAGACGGCAUGGAAAUAAUGAAGAGCUUGUCUGACGAUGCAAGUACCUUUCCAAGUCGACCAGCUGCACAUUAUUGGCUUGGAUUUGGCUAUGAGCAAAUUUAUUUAUUUAAGAAGGCUCACUAUCAUGCCUGUGCCUCCAUAGAAAGCCUCAAGUCUCAGAAAAAUUUACCACCUCUCAAAUGGCCUGGAACAGUAGACCCAAUAAUAGAGACAAUGCCAAUAGUCAUUCGGGAUAAUGCUAUGGAUCUAAUGGGACGAGCAGCAUCAUCAAGACCAUCACCAAAGGCUAAAUGCCGUUUUAAAGACUGCAUUGCCACUCAAGGACAUCCAUAUGCCAAAGAAGACAUAUAUAAUACUGACCCAGACUUCAAAGGAUUUUUUGAUGUAACCUGUGAAGAGUACUGCACAGUAAGCUACCACCCGUGUUGCUGGAAGGCUCACAAGGAACAAAUGGAGGAUGGCAUUGGCAGGAUGUCAGAUAAAGAUUUUCUGGGCCUGGAAUGUAUAACUCCUGACUGCACCGGUAAAAUUUGUACUAUUCGAAUAUUUGAUGAGACCUGCAAACUGAAGAAUGAACUAGUGAAAGAUAAAAAAGAAAAGAAAAAUGUGCCACCCAUGUCAAAGCUGAAAAAGAAGAAGGACAAGAAGAAGGAUAAGGCCCAGACUUCAAAAUCUGCAGAAGUACGAGAAAAAAAGAAGAGCAAAACUGAGAGUUUUAGUGAAGAUGUUCCCUGCACAGAUAAAAAUUCUCCAAAAGCAGAGGUUGUGGCAGACUACACUACGGUUGGUGGCACUGAUGCAGGGAAUUUUAACAAUAACCGAUCAUCAGUGGCAGCAGCUUCCAUUCUACCUAUUGAUGCAGAGAGCUUACAAACUACACAAAUUACUAUACUAAAACCAGUACCUGUUGUUGGGGAAGAUGAGGUCGGAUAUAUCAAGCCCAACAAGAAAAAUAGAAAGAAAAACAAAAAGAUUAAGGCAACAGUUCAGCCAGAUCUUCUUGGGGACCCAUUACAAGCUCCUCAGAGUGUUCAAAAUGAGUAUCUGUCACGAUUACGGGUUCUUAGGCAUCAGAGAGAAGCUUUAGAAGGAGAUUUGACUACAUUACCAAAAGCUACCAGCCCCAUCACACCAGAUAUUCCAAGGGAGAAUCUUCUGAAAUUGCUUGAUCCAGAAAAUCCAUUUUAUAUGCCUCAACACCUAAGGGACAACCCACAAGAACUUGAGUGUAUCCUACAAACCAAAAUGUUGAAAACAACCUCUCCAAAUCUUCAACAAGAGACUAUAAACACCCUCUUAGACUUCAUGUAUGAUUGGUUGAAGUCAGAAGGUCCGAUGUCAAUCAAUGAUGUUCGUCUGAGAGAGCAAGUUUCGGAAAACUUCCCAUCGGAGGCAAGCUCUUACGUCAACCAGUGUGGAGGAAUUAAGGAGUUUCUUAUGCAGUCUAUUAAAUUUGCCAUGAUUGAUGAUGUUAUCUGUGUUGGAGAUCAUGUAGUCCAAGCACAAGAGAUGAUUUGUAAAGAAAUCAAGGACCGAAUGACUAACUCAAGAUAUCUUACUAGAUAUAGUGAUGGCCGAAAAGCAAAGAAGUUUACGCAUCUCCUGGAAGAUAACAAAAGCACUUGUUCAUCUACCUCUUCAGUUUCUCAGUUAGCAGGAUCAGGGGUGUCAUAUGCAUCAAGAGGUACUUCAGACUCUACUUUCUCUGCCUCCAAGACGUCUAAUGAUAAAACAAACAAGACCAUUAACAAAGCCUCAGUGAGAACAUCACCAGCAAGUUUAGAGGAGUUAGAGGAAUGUAAGAUUACUGACAUUAGCCUUAAUCCCUCUGCACCCGAGUUUGAGCCAUGUUCUAAUGAACUAUCAGAUGAUGAGGAAGAUUCCAAUUCUUGGAAUCCUGAAUUUGGAUGUAUUACUGAACCUUGGACUGAAAACAUGGUUAUAAAAUCUGACAAAGAACGAUGCCAAAAUUUAGAGAAUAUAGAGGACAUAGAAAGCAGAAAUCUAGCAAUGAAUUCCCAAAAUGGUGCCAAUGCUAUUGAUGAGACAAAUAAAUUUUUCCAGUCAGAUGAAGAGUGUGACGAAGAUUCCGGAGAUAGUGAAGAGUAUGACAACAAACUUGAGACGUUGGCUGCAGACUUGCAGCAGGAACUGGAUCGAGUGAAUGAACAAAACCAGCUGUUGAAUGAUAAGCUCUGUCAGGUCAAGUCUCACUUCAAAAGUGAGAUUAAUAAUUACAAACAACAGUUGGAGGACCUCAAAGGAAAAAAUAAGGAGUUAACUGCAGAGAAGUUGAGUUUAUUAGCACAGCGAGAAAGUGAAUCAAGAAAAUUUAAAUCGGAUAUGUCUCGUAUGCAGGAUGAAGUGAAGACUUUCCAGAGUAGAAAUCAAUCCUUAGAACUCAAGUGCGAACGAUCCAAUGACAGAGUCAACGAGCUUCAAGCCAAACUCGCUGAAGAACAAGAAGUGAGCAUGCAGUUAAGGGAAGAGAUGAAGAACCUUCAAGAAUCGCUGACAAGCAGUUCCCGGCGGGCACAUGAAGCUGAAGUUAAAUAUAUGUGUAUCAAGAAAGACCUUGUAGAGGAUCGCCUAAAUCGAACAAUAGAAAGACUGAGUGAGGAAGCAAGCCACAUGCGUCACCUACUACCUCAUGCAUCAGAGGAUACUGUUCCCGACCGUGCAACACUCUCACGAUCCAUUGUAGCUUGGGAUGAAACCGUGAAGAGCCUCCGUGAUGACAAACGCACCUUCACAGAAGAAGGUAAAAGGCUGCUGGGAAUGGUGAACCAGGGACGUCCUCUUAAUGCUCUUCCACCGGGAGAUCUCGUCAUACCUUCCAUACCUGAUAUCAGUGUUGCACCAUUGCUUUGCCUUGGACAGAAAUGCACAAAUAUGGCCUCAUUGAAGAUUGCAGAAAGCACUCCAGAGCGGGUCAGGCCUCCCAGCUGCUCACCCCAGCCACCAUUACAAACUUGUGCUAAUGUAGAUCCUCCACCAGUAACAAUACCACUAAUAUACUCGCCUUCAGCUUUGGAGGGAAAUCCUAUCUUCAUGCGCAAUGGUGCCACUGCUGCUGCCUUCAAUAGUGGAGCUAUUCCAAAAGGGGCUAUAAAUCAGCCAUCCACUACUCCUGAAAUUCUAAAUUCUACAAAAUGGGCAGACCCUACUCAGCUGCUUAUUGGCUCGCUUCCCUGGGAGUACACCGAGGCUGAUGCAAAGCCACUAAUUGUUGGCCCUCAUUCACAUGGUGUUCAAACCAAGGGAAAUAAAAAGUCAAACAAACCCACAAGCCUAACAGGUGCAAGUGUGAGUGGAACAAUAUCUGAAGCAGGAAGCAGUAAUUCUUCAGCUUAUGGGUUAAGUGAUAUUUCUCUAAAUGCCAGUGCUGAAGUGAGCAUGUCAGCUGGCCACUCACAGCCCACACCAACACUCCAUCAGCCUACUCCAUUGACUGUAACAAAACCUAAAUUCCAGAAUCUGACGAGCAGCAGUUCAGUUGGAGCCAUAGGAACCCUUCCACCCAAGUUGGUCCGUCCCCAGUCCCGACAGGCUGCGAAUGCCGUUAAACUGGUAAAUCAACCUGCUAUAAACAAAGAGGAUAAUGUUGCAAGUACAGCUUCUUACAAGAAACUCAUUGAUAUAUGCAAGCAAAGGAUCGGCAAGGAUUAUACAUCACCAGAAAUCUGCUCUGCCCUUCGUGAGGUUCGUAUUCAGAAUAACAACAGUUUGUCGGGAAUCAGCACAGAAAAGAUUGUAGAACGUGUCAAGCUUCAACUGCGUUGUCGCCAUCCUGGUGCAGGGCAGGCCUCAGUAGCUCCAUGGGCAGGGCUCACCCAAGGCUCAGCAGCAAAUGCUUCUGGACCUGAAUGGAAAGGCCCAGUAAAUGAAGAAGGAAUGAAAGUAGAGGAGUCGUGUUCUAUUUGCUUGGAGGCUCUCAGUGUUAGUGCCACUGUUCCCCUCCAGUGUCAGCAUGUAUUUCAUGAGAAAUGUAUCAAAGAUUGGUUGAAACGACAAUCUAACUGCCCAAACUGCCGUACUUUUGCUCUCAUGACUGAUGAAUACCCAUCACUCACUCACUCCUAAGAGAUUAGGAUAAAUUAGGACAGUAUUUCAAGCUGUAUCCAUAAGGAUAAUGUUACUUUUCACAAUUUGCGACCUCUUUAUAACGUGCCUUUCAUAAAAGUGAAAGAAAAUCAUUUGCAAAUUAAGGAUUGUUUUUGCUACUGAUACUAAAGAUUUUCUUCGUUUUCUAAUACAGUAUUCCUCAAUAAAUUUGUAAUUUUGAAGGCCAACCUGAUAGAAUUUAUAUUUUUUUUAUUUAAAAUUUUACUAUAUGUGCUGUUUAUGCUUCAUAUAGAAUUUACAUGUACUGUGUGUAAUUAGGGGUUUGCCUUACAGACAACAAAUGCCACUUUAUUGGGUACAACUUAAUUUUAGUGUAAUCUUUUGAAAGAUUGUUUAUGUACUUUUGUAAAGUCACCUAUUUUAAAGGUGGAAGUUACAUAGCUAAUGUGCCUUAGCAAAUCAUAACUAGGAUGUGUAAUAUAUUUUUCUAUAAAUACUCAUCUUAGAAUUGUUUUAGUUUUAAGAUUACAAAUUGCUUUAUAUAAUAAUUAUGAAGCAAAAAUAUUAAUUAAUAAAUUGGGGACAAAAAAUUGAAUGGAAGAUAUGCUUUUAAAUUUUGUCUUAAUUCAAAUCCAAUAUGUCAAAAAAUGAAUUAAUGAGUAAAAAUGUGGAUUAAAGAGUAAAUUACAA